AUGGAAGAUGCACAUUUUUCUGAAGGGACCAAGAAGCUGCUGGAGGUUUGGUUCUCCAGGCAGCAACCCAAUGCAAACCAAGGAUCUGGGGAUCUUCGCACCAUCCCAAGAUCCGAGUGGGAAAUACUUUUGAAGGAUGUGCAAUUCAUAAGUGUGACAAAAACUGACAAGCAGGAAGCUUAUGUACUCAGUGAGAGUAGCAUGUUUGUCUCCAAGAAACGUUUCAUUUUGAAGACAUGUGGUACCACCCUCUUGCUGAAAGCACUGGUUCCCCUGUUGAAACUUGCUAGGGAUUACAAGGGGUUUGACUCAGUUCAAAGCUUCUUUUACUCUGGUAAGAAUUUCACGAAGCCUUUUCACCAAGGGUACCCACACCAGAAUUUCCGGGAAGAAACAGAGUUUCUUAAUGCAGUUCUCCCAAAUGGAGCAGCAUAUUGUAUGGGACGCAUGAAUUCUGAUUGUUGCUACUUGUAUACUUUGGAUUUCCCAGAGAGUCGGAUAAUCAGUCCGCCAGAUCAAACCCUGGAAAUUCUGAUGAGUGAGCUUGACCCAGCAGUUAUGGACCAGUUCUACAUGAAAGAUGGUGUUACUGCAAAGGAUGUCACUCGUGAGAGUGGAAUUCGUGACCUGAUACCAGGUUCUGUCAUUGAUGCCACACUGUUCAAUCCUUGUGGGUAUUCAAUGAAUGGAAUGAAAUCGGAUGGAACUUAUUGGACUAUUCACAUCACUCCAGAACCAGAAUUUCCUUAUGUUAGCUUUGAAACAAACUUAAGUCAGACCUCCUAUGAUGACCUGAUCGGGAAACUUAUGGAAGUCUUCAAGCCAGGAAAAUUUGUGACCACCCUAUUUGUAAAUCAGAGUUCUAAAUGUCGCACAGUGCUUUCUUCGCCCCAGAAGACGGAAGGUUUUAAACGUCUUGAUUGCCAGAGUGCUAUGUUCAAUGAUUACAAUUUUGUUUUUACCAGUUUUGCUAAGAAGCAGCAACAACAGCAGAGUUGAUUAAGAAAAAUGAAGAAAAAACGCAAAAAGAGAACACACACAGAAGAAGGUGGUGGCUGCUUUUUAGAUAUUGA